UGUGUCUAUCCAUACGUACAAAUGGAUCUGUUAUAGUCGGUCUAUAUGCAGACCCGACACUGACCAUGUACUAGAGGUGCAUUUGCACAUGACCUAUUUUACUUUUUGAUUUUUUAGCUAAGUUUAAGGCUCUAUUUAAAUAAAAAAAUCUGUAUGAAGAAAUAGACCUCAAAAUUUUUGUAGCACAUGGCCUAAUUUAUGUUUGAGACUGGCAUGUCUAUAUGGAUGCUUACUAACUCAGACUCACUGGAGGAAUGAAUGAUAAAGUUUCAAUUCAUGUAUUGUGAUGGUUGUGCUAAUCUAGUUCGGAUGAUUUUGUUGGUUACAACGUUGUGAAUAGACAAUUGACGUUGUGGCUGUGGAUGAACAUGUCCUGACAAUUGAUAGACUAGAAGCAAAAAAUAAUAAUGUGGCUACAAAAAAAGUGGAAUUUGAAUCCUGGUUGUAUGGAAGGGAUUGUGUCCUUAUAUACUCAAACACUAUACUAAAGACAAUUUUGUCAAAAUGUGAUCAAAAUUAAGUUUAUUAAAUGAAAGCCUGGAAGCGUGAAAUUCAUUAGUUUGUCCCGAGGGCCGGCUUUGCUGAGAUAGGCUUUGUUGUCGUAGAUAUCUACCUCUCCAUGGAUACCAUCCAGAUCACAUGGGGGAGUGUCCACAUGGUGAUAUUCAUUGGGCAAUGUAUAUGGGAUGGUGUCAAUGUAGUGGUGUCCGUGAGAUGAUGUAUAUGGGAGUGUCAUAUAGCUUAGAGAAGUAGAAGUUGACAGUUUGAAACGUCUCUGAAAAACUUUUUUAUGACAAAAUUGAGGACUUCGGGCAGAGUUGUUCCCAAGGAAACAAAAAAAAAGUGUGAUAUGUGCUUUUUGUCAAUAAAGAACAUCCAUUUUUUUUUCCAUCAUCUUCGAAACUCUACUCGUCGGAAAUAUCCAAGUAAUGUUGACCUAGGUUGAAUCAUGUGUAAAGAGAGAGCGAUUAAAUAGAAACCAAUUUUAAUAACACAAGAUUGAAAACACACACAAGGGGAGGUCCAACCUGUUACAAAUAGUGUAUAGAUGUUAAUUACAGAAAUUGAGAGGAUAAGUGACUACACUAAAAUAGGUUUAAAGGUGGUGUUAUCACAUCAUCAAAAAAACAAGUGAAAUAAGGUCUAUUCGUUUUAAAAAUUCUCGGGAACUACAUAAAAAUAAAAUCUAACUCUAUGGAAAGAAUGUUUAUAUUUCAACUAGAAAAACAAAUUUGGAGUUUACAGAAGGACCAUAUAUCUCUUAGACAUUAUAUUAGUGAAGUCAUUUGUAUAUAUAUGUCAUCACCACAUUCAAUUUUUUUUUUAAAUGACAUGGUUUUGAUUAAAUAUGACAUGACACUAAUCUAAUUGUGACAUAUACAAAUUUCCAAAACUAUGUUAUAUUUUUUUGUUGAAAUUGGAUGUAGCGAUGACAUAUAUGCAAAUCACUUCACAAAUAAAGCUUAGGAAAUAUCACAUUAAUAAAAAUAAGCUAAAUAGAAAAUAUAAAUAUGAAUAUAAUUUUUUAUGCGAACUUAUAUAUCAUAUUUUGUAUAAAUAUAUAAUAUUUUACUAAAAUUAAUUGUAAGUAAGUUUGCAUAAACAAAAACCUAAAGGAACACUAAUAAAAAAAUUCAUAGGUAAAUGAUUAAAAUUUAUCUGUUCAUUAGGUUAGUUAGCAAAAUGAUUUUCCCAAUUUAACAUAUUUCAACUAAAACAAAUAAAAAAUCAAAAUUUAUUUUAAGUAUAUAUAUAUAUAUAUAUAUAUAAAUAGGUGAGAUAAGAUAUAUUUAAAAUAAAUAAUUAUUAAAUAUAAUAUACUAUAAUAUAUUUUAAAAUUUUAAAUUUAUUAAAAUUUAAUUUUAAAUUUAUUAAAAUUUAAAUAAAAGUAAAUUAAAAUAGUUAAUCAAAUCAAAAGAAAUUUGAUUAAAAAAAUACGUUUAUGCUUUCAAACUUUUGAAAUUAAAAAAUACUCCCUCCGUUCUGUUAUAUAUGACGUUUUGGAACUUAUAUUUUGUGUCAAAAUAUGUGACAUUUUCUAAAAUACUACGCAGAAUUUAAUGACUUUAGACUUCGUGUACCCUUGCUUUGAUUAAUUAAUGAACUAUGAUCAAGAGUAAAGUGCACACUAAAACAGUUAAGGAAGGAUAAAACAGACAUUACAAUAGCUUUCUUAAAUCGUGUGAAAUCCUCCAAAACGUCAGUUAAAAAAAUACAGAGAGAAUAAAAAUAAUGAUGUUCAAACGUAAAUUAUUAUUUUUUAAAUAAAAUUAUUAUAUUAAAAUUAUUGUUUCUACGUGCAAGAAAACUCCUAGUUUUAUAUGUAAAACAAGAGACAAAAUACCAAUUUGGGAAGUGCCUGUAGUGGAACGUAUCUUUUCAUGAUAUUUUCUCAUAUAAUAUAUAUAUAUAUAUAUAUCCAAACAGGUACGAAUAUUGAUUAUGAUUUUGUACAAGCUGUUGUGACAACGACGAGGAACCCAAUUUUAACACUAAUCAUUCAAUUCAACGCAUUACCGCAGACUUCCAGAUAGUAAGACCGGUGACACAUUUUCAGUAUGGUCGUAGAGUUGACAUCAAGCCUUGUAUGAUGUGAGUUUUUUACCCCUUGAAAUCUCCCUCACUAUACUACAAUCAAUUCUUAACUCAAAUCCAAGCUUUCAAAACCUCUUUAUAUCACUAUUGGGUACGGUUUUGGAAUCUUGAUAUUGUUGCUGGCGAAUAGACGAUAACCGUCUCAAAUCACUUGGAUCGGUGACCGUCUCUAGUGAUUAUCGACUAGAGUAAUAUUCCUUGUUGUCUCAUUAUGCAUAAUGUUACAGAAUUUAUUGUUUUAUUUUGUGUAAAUGUUAUACAUGGCAAUUAUUUUGUGAAAAAGUAUCUAUAAUUCUUUAACUUUCACGUUCUUUUGGUCAAAACUUUUCGUAAAAUUGGGACGAGAAGAGGAAGUACGUACUUAACUCCACGUUUAGAAAACUGCAAUAAUUUGAUAGAACGCGUAGUUCACAUAUACUGGUUGUUACUAUUCCAGAUCAAACAACUUUGAAAGUGCCUACAUUUUUGACUCUUAGCUUGUUCAAGAUAAUCAUAUUAUAUUAUUAAUGACGUCUAUUAAAUAUUCGAUUCAAAUAAACACCCCUGAAAAACUGAAAUCUUUGUAUUCUGCUAGAGCCUUCUUUAUUGCAACUCAUCCAGUCUGUCAACACAAGUCUCAAGAAACUCACUAAACCAGAUAAAGAUCAAAAACGCUAUACUUCUUUCUUUGUAUCUGAAACUUCUAACACAAGAAAUAAACAAAUAAACAUGAGAGACCUAGCUCUGUGUCUGAUUCUAUUCUUCUUAGCUAAACGUGUCAGUUCUGUUCCGACAAAAGAACAGUUUGAAAACUGCUUGUCAACAAUCUCCAAAAACCCUAGAAAUCUCACUAAACACACAUCAGAUUCCAGACUCUACACCGCCUCUUUGAAGACUUCAUCUCCAAGCUCAAACUUCCUCAACUUGAAUUUCACAAGCCUAAAGCCGAUCCUGACCCUCAAACCAAAAUCCGAAUCAGAAAUCAAGAAAGCAAUACUAUGCAGCAAGAAACUUGGCGUGCAAGUAAGAACCCUAAGUGGUGGGCACGACUACGAAGGCCUCUCUUACCUCUCACUAACACCCUUCAUAAUCAUCGACCUAGUUAACCUCCGUACCAUCACCAUCAACCUCACGGAAGAAACCGCAUGGAUCCAAUCCGGGGCCACACUCGGCGAACUCUACUACAAAAUCGCCAAAACCAGCAAGAUCCACGCCUUCGCCGCAGGGACAUGUCCAAGUGUCGGAGUUGGUGGGCAUUUCAGCGGCGGUGGACUCGGUGCAAUGAUGAGAAAACACGGUUUAGCGUCUGACAGCGUUGUGGACGCGCGUUUGAUGGACGUAAACGGGAGAAUCCUAAACAGGAGAACGAUGGGAGAGGACCUGUUUUGGGCACUUAGAGGAGGUGGAGCAGCGAGUUUCGGUGUUGUGUUGUCAUGGAAGGUUAAGCUCGCUAGGGUUCCUGAGAAGGUAACUUGCUUUAUAAGUCAUUCAAUGGGAGCCAGCAUGAACAAGCUUGUUCAUCGGUGGCAGUACAUAGGAGCAGAGCUAGACGAAGAUCUCUUCAUCAGAGUCAUAAUCGACAACACUAAAGGAGGAGGUCAAAGAAGAGUGCAAACUGCUUUCCAAGCUUUGUUUCUUGGUGGAGUCGAUAAGUUGAUUCCUCUGAUGAACCAGAAGUUUCCUGAACUAGGAUUACAAGCUCAAGACUGCAAAGAAAUGAGCUGGAUCGAAUCGGUAAUGUUCUUCAUCUGGAAGUCAGGACAACCGUUAGAGACACUGCUCAACAGAGACCUAAGAUACGAGGAUCUUUACAUCAAAGCAAAGUCAGACUUUGUUCAAAAACCAGUUCCUGAGAACGUUUUCGAAGAAGUGACCAAAAGGUUUCUCGAGAAAGAGACUCCACUGAUGAUCCUAGAGCCAUUGGGUGGGAAGAUAAACGAGGUAUCAGAAAGUGAGUCUCCAUAUCCACACAGGAGAGGGAACUUGUAUAACAUACAAUACAUGGUGAAGUGGAGAGUGAACACAGUCGAGGAGAUGAACAAGCACGUCACGUGGAUGAGAAUGCUUUACGACUACAUGACUCCUUAUGUCUCUUCAUCGCCUAGAGGAGCUUAUUUGAACUACAGAGAUCUUGAUUUGGGAAACAACACAGGAAGCAAGACGAGCUUUGAAGAUGCUAGGGUAUGGGGAGAGAAGUAUUACAGAGGUAACUUCAAGAAGCUGGGUUUGGUUAAAGGGAAGAUCGAUCCAACCAACUUCUUCAGGAACGAACAGAGUAUUCCUCCUCUGUUUAAUUUCUCAAAAGACAAAAACCAAAUGUAUUGUUAAUGUAAUUUUUUUCUAGUAGAUAUGUACCUAAUAACAGUCGAUUGAAAGACCAAAUUAAAUUAAAUAGCAAAUAAACCAGCUUGAUUUCAAUUUUCUAUGAAACAAAGAACAAAUAACGCAUAGAUACUUCACUGGAACCAAGAGAAUGGCUGUUGCAGUAGGAGGCAAAACAAGAAGAAACCGUCUUGUGGGUGCUUGUAAUGGCAUGCAUGAUCACAUAUAUUAAACUAACCAGUAACUCUUGGUUUCUGUAUGGAAAAGUGAUGCAGCUCACGCGACAAUAACUAAAGAAUUCAAUAAACGCCGUACUACGAAGUUGAGUAGAACUCGGAAGAAAAGAAUUCAAAAAGCAAAUGAAAAACAUCCAAACCAUUGGGACUUUAUAACAUCAAACAUCUUUCAGCUUUCGACAUUGUCUGCAACUAAGCAAUUAUUUGGCAAAAAAA